AGAAGAUAUAGUCAUGACCAGUACCCAGAAUAACCUAUUAAAUACGAAGUGCCCUUUGACAGGAAAGCCUGUUACAGAAUUGCAAAAUCCUAUCCACUGCAUGGACUGCAAGCACAUUUAUGAGAAGGAACCAGUAAUCCACUACAUAAGCACAAAGAAACCACAUCCUCGAUGCCCAGUUGCAGGUUGUCCAAAAAUUCUCCAAGUUGGACGGGUUGUAUGCGAUGCCUUGCUUACAAUAGAAAUUGAUGAAAUGCGUUUGGCAUCAGCUACAAACAUAAAUUCAACAAUGGUAGAAGAUUUUUACAGAAGUUGACUGAAAAUGGCAACACU